CGUGCGGUGCCGCCCACAGAGCAUCCUCCAUUACUUUUAAUCUUCUUGCUGGUAAGUAACUUUGUCUCCGGUGCAAGGAGUUCGCAAACAACACGUUUCGAGCGUCGCCUCUGAACUGAACGUCGCACUUCCGGGACUUCAGUCGUUCAUUUGUCCAACUCAAUGAAAGUGGAAGGUCUUUGGGAUUUAGCCAUGGGUCACGUGAUAUAUGGCAAUCUACAAAAUGGCGGCGCCCAUGUCGUUUCAGUGCUCAGAACUUUGAUCCCCUUUGACCUUUCCGUUGUUUAUUUUUACGCCUAAAAAUGUCGUUAGCAUCGAAGCUUAUUUUCAACACUUACAGGAGCACCAGUCUAGGUGCCUUUUGUAGGUCUUACAGUCGUCAUAAAAGAGUUACUAAAAGAAAAGACGACCAUGCUUCUGAUCCCCGAAAAAGCACAAGAUACCCAUUCGUUCCCGGAGAUCCAGUUCAAGGUGAUGCUAUUCGGAGCCUGGCUGCUGGUACGAAUAUUGCUGUCCGCAAGAACCCGAAGCCUACGACAACCAGAACAAUUCAAAAGAUCAAGUCACAAACCAACCUCUUCAGAACGGACUCUGGCUUGCAAUAUGAAAAAAUCAUGGAGGGAGAUUAUCGCUUGGGGCGGACCAUACUUGCUGCAAAAGCCGGUAAAUCUCAAGGCCAGGACGACACUAUCGUCCUGGAAGGUACAAGACUGAUCCGCGAUGCGCUGCUGCUGGGGGCGGAGCCUAAGUUUUUGUACUUCACUGACCCGGCCGUGCUGGACAAACUGCCCGCUGAGUGCCUGGCGGGCGUCGGUCUGAUGAAGAUUCUCUACAGAGACAUGAAGACCUGGUCGGACACAACCACGCCCUCCGGACUCUUAGGAGUCUUCAAGAAACCACAUGCAGGAGAAGUGAGCGUGCCAAGAGACCAGACGCUGCCAAUCACAGUCGUGAUGGACGGUCUGAAAGAUCCGGGUAACGCAGGGACCAUAAUCCGCACAGCGGCCGCGGUGGGAUGUGAGCGUGUCAUUGCCGUCAGAGGCACAGUCAAUAUCUGGGAAGGGAAAGUCGUGCGUUCGGCCAUGGGAGGUCACUUCAGCGUGCCUCUUCACUGGGGGCUGUCGUGGGCCGAGGUGGGCGGGUACGUGGCAGAAGACAGCCUGGUCCUACUGGCGGACACACAGGACGGGAGGAUGCUGGACCGGGCGUUUGACCACACCAUGAGCCUGGAGGAACUGGACAAGUUAG